CUGGUGUUAAAAACAACGUUUAGUAUUGUUAAUUUAGUAUAUAUGGAUUUUGGGUUUUUAUUGCUUUUGUGUUUCUUGAUAUAUCUUGCCAUUUAAAUGUUUUUUUUGAUGUGUUUGUGUCGUAGAUAGUUGAUGAAUACAUAUAGGGCCUGUUUGAUUAAGAGGAUUAAUAGCAAGUGGAUUAACAAUCAUGAGAUUAGUGUAUGUCACAGAUGUUGAAUAAAUUCAAGGUCAGGGAACUAUACAUUGUUUGCUCAAUUGGCAUUGAUGAGGAAUCAUUGUACACCCAAGUCUUAAAGGUUUGGGAUGUAUUGCCAUUGGAGGAAUUUUCAAAAUUGGUUAAACGUUUGGAUGGCAUAUUUGGGAUGUACACAGAUGAUUAUCUCAACCGUUGCAAGGUCAAAUGCCAUGAUGGGGAUUUCAAAGUUCCUAUGACAUGGACACUCUCUUUUGGUCUUAUUCAAUAUAAGAAUCUCAGUGAGACCGAAAAUGGGAAAGCUUUAAUAAAUGAUGCCUCUUUGAUUGGCAAAGGCUAUGUUGAGGAUGCAAAGGUGAGUGAGAGUUUGUUACUGAUGAAAUUCUACUUGUUGUCAAUUGGGGCGGUCAGCCACCUACUAUCUGGCUGCAAUGGUAAAGAACUGAGUCUUCCUUUUGAAUUAACAAACCAAGAGAAAGAGAUAAUUCAUUUCAACAGAAGCACCUUUAUACUUGGAAGGUCAGGCACUGGGAAGACCACUGUUUGACCAUGAAAUUAUUUCAGAAUGAGCAACUGUAUCAUUUAGCAUCUGAGGGUUAUCAUCAAGUUCAGAGUAAUCUAUCCACUGAUGAUAGCUGGAGGCACCAGGAGGAUAGUAGUGAGACUAAUCAGAUUCAGGAGGCUAAAAGAGAUAUCUUGCACCAAAUUUUUGUCACAGUGAGUCCAAAAUUGUGCUUUGCUGUAAAACAACAUGUUUCUCAGUUGAAAAGCUUUGUAUGUGGGAAUAAAUCUUCAGCGAAAAGCAGUUCGGUUCGUAUGGAUGAUGACAAUGCUGAUGCAUUACAAUUUGCAGAUAUUCCUGAUUCGUUUGUUGAUAUUUUACCAGAGUCAUACCCACUUAUCAUAACAUUUUCGAAGUUUUUGAUGAUGCUUGAUGGAACAGUUGGUACUUCAUACUUUGAAAGAUUCCAUGAUGCAAGACAACUCGCUCAUGGUAAAUCUGGAAAUGUAAGAUCACUGGCAUUCCAAAUUUUUAUCAGGACAAAGGAGGUUACGUUUAAGAGAUUUAGCUCAUCUUACUGGUCUCAUUUUAACAUCCUGCUAACUAAAAAACUGGUUCCCAUUAUAGUUUUCACUGAGAUAAUGUCUGUGAUAAAAGGUGGGUUGAUAGCUGGGGAGGUAUGUGAUGGGAAGCUCAGUCGGCAGGAUUAUGUUUCAUUAUCUGAGUGUCGUGUUGGGUCCAGUAUAAGCAGGCAGAAAAGGGAGAUGAUGUAUGAUAUCUUCUUAGCAUAUGAGAAGAAAAAGGCAGUUAAUGGAGAAUUUGAUUUUGCUGACUUAGUCAUUGAUCUUCAUUAUCGACUAAGAAAUGAGAGCAUGCAGCGUGCUCAUCUGCAGAUGGACGACAGACAAUCAAAAACAGCUUUAGAAGAGGGAAAACUCGAAGAUGCAGUCAGUUGUAGGGCGAAGGUAACUGGUGAAGGAGAUGACAAAUAUUUGAUUGUUACUGCUGAACAACCACUAUGUGCUUAUCAUCUAGAUGAUUGGAUCCAUCCUUCACAGCUACCAAUAAGGUAUUAUAGCCAAGUUUGGUCUAAACCAAGGGAUGAGCCUUUACACCUUCGCUGUCUAUCGGAAUGUUGUCGCCGCUCGUCUUUGCUCCUUUUGCUCUCCUCUUUGAAAGGUUUUCCCCUCCCCCCUCUCUCUCUCUCUCUCUCUCUCUCUCUCUCUCUCUCUCUGUUGGGGUGGCUCCUCAUGUAAUGGGACUUGCUGGGGUGGCUCCUCAUGUAAACCCUGCAUUCUUUGGCAGAGGAAUGGCAGCUAAUGGAAUGGGAAUGAUGGGACCCACUGGGAUGGAAGGACAUCAUGCAGGAAUGUGGACAGACACAAGCAUGGGUGGAUGGGGAGGGGAAGAACAUGGCUGGAGGUUCAGAGAAUCGAGCUAUGGUGGUGAAGAUGGUGCUUCUGAAUAUGGAUAUGGAGAGGCAAGCCACGAAAAAGGAGUAAGAUCAAAUGCUGCUUCCCGGGAGAAAGAAUGGGGUUCUGAACGUGAUUGGUCGGGAAACUCUGAGAAAAGGCAUCGUGAUGAGAGGGAGGUGGAAAGGGACAGAUCUGAUAGGGAACACAGGUACAGGGAGGAGAAGGAUGGUUACCGAAACCCUCGGCAAAGAGAACAAGACUUGGGCUAUGAGGAUGACUGGGAUAGAGGACAGUCUUCUUCAAGAUCUCGGAGCCGGUCCAAAGCGAUGCCAGAAGAGGAUCACAGGAGAUCAAGGGAUGUGGAUUAUGGGAAGCGCAGACGCCUGCCAUCAGAGUGACAUAAUCAAGCUUUUAAUUCUCCAUAUAAGGGUCCUAUGAGACCUUGCCCUUAGCAUUUUCAAAUCAUCAUGUCUCAUCAACGGAUUGCUAGAAUGCAUCUACCUCUGUUCUUUCUGGUUUACAUGCAGUUUAGCUUCUGAACUAAAAAAGUAAGUUCUGUUUAUGUGUGGGUAGGAAGGAAAAAUAUAUCUUCCUCUUCGCUUUUACCUACAAAACCUAAUUUGAUGCAACACUUGCAUAAAAAAACUUUAUAGAUUUGAAGUAGCUUACCAUUGUGGAUUUGCCUUUUAGGGGUUGGACUGUUAAUGCCCAGCUAACGGCCAUCCCAUUGGUUCCAUGUUUGUUUUACUAAUCCUCCUUUUUCAAGACUACUACUUCUUAGGGCAUGCAACCUUGAGAUACUAGAAACUUUUUGCUAUUCUAUAUGAUUUUGUGAGUUGGUUGUCUUUUUUCUUGGUGAAGCCUUUAACCACUAGAUGGAUAGAACUGUAUUAUCCCGUCAUGAUUAUUGCAGUUUCCUUUCUACUUCUGACAUACUUCAAUGGUAGAAUUUUGUAUAAAGAUAUUUGACCAUGGCAAGUUAUCUAA